GUAUUACAUUGCACGGUUAAAGCUACUGGACCACUGCACCCAGACCACUCCGUGGAGAUGAGGUAACCUGUGUAACUUUACAGUGGCUCUGUCACCUUCUGGGGUGCAAAACCCUCAAUGGUGACUUCACUAUUUGGUGUCCAGUGGCCACAGGGUGCAUUAAAUGCCGGAGCCAUGCAUGACAGUACAGCAUUGAGGUAUCCGCGAGACUGUCCAUAAAUAUUGCCUUAAACUAUUAUUGACAAAACUAGCUGUGCCUUUUGUCAAGUUUUGUCUCACGGAGGAAAAAAUGUAAGUCAAAGUAGUCCCCUUUUAGCCUUAUAUAUUUUAGGACAAAAAUAAAAAUAACAGGUUAGGAGUAAGAAAGAGAUGAGAACAAACUGAAGUAAGGUUUCACUUUGGACUUUAGCUCAGUACCAAGCAGCUUUGCGUGCACUGUGCUCAGGUUGCAUUAAACAUUAAUAUAUAACACAUCACAUUAAUGAAAACUGGACAAGCAUUAUCGAGCAACAGCAGGUGCUAAAUCCACUUAUACUUUGUGUCUCUUGUGUAUAUAGCUCUGUUAUGGCACUCAGGAAAGCUCGACAAUCAAUUGCUUACGCCUGACAAACCUUUUGAAUGCGCCUGCGCGCAAACGGACAUCGAUCAUCUCGGUGGUUGAUUGCUCCAAGGUUAGGCGGAAACUUACAAACAGGAGAGCAUUGAGGAGCGAGCGAACAGAGCGGUAUUGAAGAUGGCAGCUAACGUGAAUACCAACCCGUCCCAGCUUCUGCCGCUCGGUAAUGACCUCUGGGCUAUAAACCCCCUCAGUAGUGUCUGUGUAAUGCUUAACCUGCUCCCUGCCGUGGUUAUUUCAAUGUGUUUAUAUCGGGCUCCAUGACAAGCAUGGUAUCCAGCACUGUGAGUGCUAUGUAUUGCCCAGACCUCUGGCACUCACAUGGCUUAUACCUUUAUGCAUUAAUAGUGGUUUACUGAUUUGUCUCAGGAAAUUCAUGGAUAUGUGACUUAUUGUAUUAAAUCCCUCGUGGUUUAAGUUGUGAUCACAAUAUGGCAAUCCUUGUUUUCGUAGAUCAGUGCUUCUGUCGGUAACUCUUGCAACAGAUCCCCAACCCCACAUCCCUUUUAGAUUUUUGGAAACAUUGGCCUUAAUUUAUUUUUAAUUAAAUCUUAGCAGUGGAAACUAAAAAAUAAAUUAAAUAAAACCAUAGCAUGGAUGCAAUUACUAUUUCCAAUACGUCUUUAAUUUUAGUAGUCAUUUAAUUCAUUUUGUUGCAGUAUUUUCUAUGCAGUAGGUAAAAUGUAUCAGAAGUAACCUCCUGUGUGAUAUUGCUUAUGUAUAAUGCCAAUGUGAAUUUCCACAGCUUUAAAAAAAAUACAAUUUUUUACACCAUAUCUUUUUUGUUUCACUUUCUCUUUGUGUAUUGCAUUUGUAUAGAUAAAAUUUCAAGCUCUUCAAAAAGAGCAGAAGUUAAAUAUAUUCUUGUUUGGUGUGCAGUUGCCAUAUAGUCCCUUUUCAGCUCCUGACACUUCAUUUGCCAGGAGGCUUCAUCACUGUUGUACACUCUUGCAUGUUUGAGUGUACAACUCAGCGGUCCGUUGAAUAAACCUCGAGAUACUCUAUAGAAUUCCUCAUGUAGUGCAUGAGACAAUGUCAUUUCCCAUAACUCUUGUUGGGCUGACUUAUGGAAAUUGACAGAAAUUAAAGGGACAUUCCAGGCACUUAGACCACUUCUGCCCAUUGGAGUGGUCUGGGUGCCAACUCUCAUCACCCUUAACCCUGCAAGUGUAAUUACUGAAGUUUUUAUAAACUGCAAUAAUUACCUUACAGGGCCAAGUCCUCUGAUAGACAGCCACUAGAGGGACUUCCGGGUUCUUAAAACACGAAAAGUGUUUUAAACGAUGCUGGACGUCCUCACGCUAUGCAUGAGGACCUCCAGCGUCGCUGGAAUUUCCAUAGGAAAGCAUUGAAAAAUGCUUUCCUAUGGGCCGGUCUAAUGCGCUUGUGGCCAUUGCUGACGUCAGGGGAGGAGCGUGGGCAGAGCCUGACCCAGCGCAGAGGGACAGUGGCGCUGGAUUCAGGUAAGUCACUGAAGGAAUUUUAACUCCUUCAGCAACAUGGGAUGGGGGAUGGGAAGGAGGGGGGCACUGCAGGAUUCUACAGUGCCAGCAAAACAGAUGGUUUUUCUGGUACUUGAGUCUCUUAAAGGUUGAAGCUUCCUGGCUUAGUCCAUAGACAAAAUAGUCUCUGCUUUGUCGUAUGUUUAUCUAUUGCUUUGGCAUUUUAAUUAAAUUCAAAGGCAGAUGGCAUGAAAAGAACAAAAAGAGCUUAAAGGAACACUCCUGUCACCAGAACAACUUCACAGAAAUGAUUUUUUUUUUUUUGUGCUAGGAGUCCCCUGGCACUUACGUGGAGGAGUUAACAUUGCAUACAGUUCCCAAGCGGCAUCCGGCUUGGGAAAUUGACUUAUCGGGACCAUUUUUAUGAAUGGGGAGGUACUGGUUGACUUUGGGCGUCAGCUGACCUCAGUCAGUUUCAGAAGCCGGAUGCUGCUGGGGAAACUAAAAUUAGGCAUUUGAGGCAACCUUUGAGGUAAACCUUUUUAGAACUAAUAUACCCCUUAUGAAAGAAAGGACCCUGGGGCACCUUAUCACUUCCUUUCACUGGAGAUGGAGGUUUUGAUGGACAGACUUUAUUUAUUUUAUUUUUUAUGGCUAAUGGCGCUCCAGUGACUUGGCUGUAGAUAGGUACACCUGUGAUAGCAGAGGGAUUUAUCUCUAUAUCGGCAUUGUUUAAUAGCAAAACGCUACACAUAUGGCCGUCAGGCACCAUGACCAUUUUAAAUCACUGAAGUGGUCAUGGUGCUUGAUAUAACAUUUUCAAAAGAACUUUGCUACUGGAAAUGUAGCUCCACCUCCAGAAGUAGUAUUACUUAGCCAGUCUAAAAGAAGAAUAGCAUAGUUUCCUGACGACAGCCAUCCAAUGGCAGCACAGUAUUCCCACCCCUACAUUUUGUGCCGUUCAAGUCUUCCUCUCAGCCUGGCCUGUGGGGACAUACCUCCAACUCAAGCAAUGUUCAUAUAUAAUAAAUCUCUUGUAAGUGGAAAUUAGUACUUUUAUGUUGUUUUACAGUUUGCAAUGUUCAGUGCACUUCAGUUUUGUCCUUAUUUAUUUGCUAAUGUUGGAGUAUACAGUAAUGUUUUCUAUAGACAGUAUUUCACUACCUAAUACCUAUAAACAUUUGUUUCAACAGAGCUGGUGGAUAAGUGUAUAGGAUCCCGUAUUCAUAUUGUAAUGAAGAGCGAUAAAGAAAUUGUUGGCACUCUUCUUGGAUUUGAUGACUUUGUUAGUAUCCUUUUAAGGCUGGUCGCUCUGUCUAUUUUCAUUUUUUAUAGUCAUAUUUUUUUUUAGCACUUUAUUCAUAUAUUUUUAAAGAUGCCUGUAUCUGCUUUUCACUUUCUGAAACCUGUCACCUCUGUUAAAUGUGGUGUCAUAAUAUAUGUGAUAUAUAUAUGUGUGUGUGUGUGUUUGCAAUUCAUGCUAAAAUAUUACUUUUUAUAUGAACACUCCAAGCACCAUAACCCAGUGGUGUAUCCUGGUUUUGUGCUGCCCUAGGCAGGACAAAACUCAGGCGCCCCUCCUCCCCCCGCCCCACCUUCUAAAUACACACACACAGUCAGAUACAAACACACACACAGUCACACACACAGUCACACACACACACUCCAAUGACGUCAUAUUCCGGCUCCCAGCCUCACUCUGCGGCACGCGAGGGAGCUGAGCAGACCGCUCAGAGGAUGAGCUCCCUCCCCAGCCGCCCGCCCGCUCGGUAUGUCUGUUAGCCGCGAGGCUAACAAGGCAUUUGCCCUGGGCAUUUGGUGGCGGCGUUUUUUGCCGCCCCCUGAAAAAUGCCGCCCAAGGCAAAUGCCUUGUUUGCCUCGCGGCUAAUACGCCCCUGCCAUAACCACUACCAUAUUCGGUAGAGGUAAAUGUGCCAGGAGUGCCCUGGCACCUCACCAAUGUUGUCAGUUUGCUAGCAACUUACCUGGGGGGGACUUCUUACCUUGGGUCUCCUCUCAAAGCAUUUCCUCUUGCAGCAUUGAGAGCCAAAAACUCCUGCUAGGAGCUUCCACUGACUUUACUGUGCUAAGCCCUGUAGUGUAGGGCUGGCUCAUUGGCUGUGAGCAUUAACUAAUCACUCUCAUCCGAUAAGAUUAGUUCUGCACUGCUGGGCUUAGUUUAAAGAAGAGAACUUCCAGCUCCAGGGCCGUCUUUCUGCAACCAUCAUGGUAGAAGUUAAUCAGUUGGGACUUGUAUGUAACCUGAUUGACAGCUGAGAUCGGUCAGCAUCAGGCAAGGAACAUCGAAAAGAGGUCUUUAAAAAAAAAAAAAAAAAGUCUAUUAGAUAAAUGUAUCUGCAAUAAUUUUAAAGGGUUACUCCAAACAUUAUAGCUACUACAGCCUGCUGUAGUGAUUAAGAUAAGAGUACCGUGGCCUAGUUUUCCCGGUAAUAGGGCAAACCGUUUAGCAAUGGUGAAGCUCCAUGGUGGUUUGGUGAAGCGGUUCAGAUUUCUGCAGAGGUGUAGAAGCCAAUGCAGUCAUUAUCUAUUGGCUGAGAGUGUCAGCUGACCGCUCUCAGCCAACAAAUAACAACAUUCUGUGCAAUGGCAUUUUCGCAGAAAUGACAUUAGUGGGUUGGUUGACACGCAAGUGACUCUGCCAGAGCUACACCUCUGGUAGCCGCAGGGUUAAAGGGACACUGUAGGCACCCAGACCACUUCUGCCCAUUGGAGUGGUCUGGGUGCCAACUCUCACUACACUUAACCCUGCAAGUGUAAUUAUUGCAGUUUUUUUAUAAACUGCAAUAAUUACCUUGCAGUGUUAACUCCUGCUCUAGUGGCUGUCUGCUAGACAGCCACUAGCAGGCACUUCCUGAUUCAUAGCACAGGUUUUCUGUGCUAGAGCGUCGCUGGACGAGGACCUUCAGCGUCGCUCAAUUCCCCAUAGGAAAGCAUUGAAAGCAUUUUCAAUGCUUUCCUAUGGAGAGCUCUAAUGCGCAUUCGGUCUCCUCAGCCGGCAGGCGGGAUCAGUCUCGUCCACCGGCUGACGUAAGGAAGAGGAGGAGGAGCGGCAGCGAGCAGAAACCACCGCCGAGGGACAUGAUGCAAAGUUAAUUGUGAAUGAAUUCUGGCAUAUAUGUUAGAAAUGAUAGUGCUUAUGUUAUCAAUACUGUACUUGGUUCUAAAAAAUUGCUAUCCUCUGGAGAUUAUACAAUAUCUUCAAAAACUUAAGGAAUGCUCAGAGCACCAUAGCCACUGCUGCUCACUGUAGUGGUUAUGGUGUCAGGAGUGCCCUGGCGUUUCCUCCCCCCCCCCCCAUUGUUAGGGGUAUAGUCUUUUUUUGAUUUGCCUUUUUAGCUCCGCUCUGCUUCUGGAUCUCAGGUGAAGGUCAUAGAGGCAGGGUGCGACACAUAGCAGUGACCCCUGGUGAGAAGUCAUAGCACAUCUUUCAUCAUAACCACUGCAGACAGCUGCAGUGAUAACAGUGCUUUGUGUUAAUUUAUUUUAAAUCCAAAACAUAAAAAUCCAAUAUGAGAAUAGGUCUUAAAAAGUAUCUCUCUUUAUCACAUCUAUUUUAGAGACUGGCAUAUUCUCUAACAAACAUUAAAGGAAGAUUUAAUGUAUUUAUUUUUUACGAUUUCAGUUAGAUCAGGACAUAGUGAGACAACAACUGUCCUGAUCUGUGUUUUGUUUUACUUGUUGGCCUUGACUUGACUCUUCAGAUAUGGUGCUAGAAGAUGUCACCGAAUUGUAAGUAAAAUCCAGAUUUAAGUACUUCUGUUUUUAUAUAUAUAUAUAUAUAUAUAUAUAUAUUUUGAGAGCACUGUAAAAGUGAGAUUUCUGUGGGAAAAAGAGCAUGCGUGUGUGUGUAUGAAAUAAUGAAAUUGUCUCUUGACAGUACUUUAUUUAGAAUUUGCACUGCUGUUGGCAUCAUGAGAAAAAUGUCAUGCAUAUGUGAUAAAUACUGUUUUGUAUUAUGCAUAGCUGCUCAUCUAAGGUUGCCUGUUAACAGUAUUUGUUCAAAUAACAAUGAUCUAAAAAGUCCAUAACCUUGCAUCAUAUUUAUAGUUAAACUUAAAAAAAAAAAAAAAAAAAAAAAAAAAUUCUAUUCAACAUACUAUAUGAUUUAUAAUGCAUGAUUUAAAGUUGGGAUUACUCAUUAAAAAUAAUUAAUGCACAAUAAAAAAGUUAAUGUACAAAUUAUUGUAUGUAAUUUCAGGCUCCCUUUAAAGGAACACUAUAGCAUUGGGAAUACAAAACUGUAUUUCUAAGUCUAUAUUGUCCCUCUGCCUAUUUCUUUAGGUCCGCUGCACCUCCACUUUGGUGUAUAGAUGAUGUUUUUAGUGUGUACCUACAGACUUUUUAAUUUUACUUCAAGAACACAUUAAGUGCCUUUAUAAGAUUUGUUUUUAGUCCCUGUGUUUAGUUCAAUGUUCAAAUCUGUGAAUAAGAAAAUUAACUAUAAAUUUGCACCUAUUAAAAGUGCUUCUGCAAAACAAAAAAAUAAAGCCCUCUAACUUGUUCUCCUCAAAUGAACAACACACAAACUGCUAACAUAAAUAUUUAAAGAGGGGAACUGUAAUAGGGUGAUAACACUAUCCACCACUUAAGUGUAUCAGAACACAAAUGUAAACAGAAAUGUGUAGAGGUAACAAUAGAGAUCUUUAAUGCACAGUUUCAAAACGCAGCUUCACAGUGCAGCUUCGUAUAAAGGUACAAUAGGAACGAAGCUCAACUUAAAUCUAAAUUUUUUUCCCCAUGUCUUUUUAUUGACAAUUUUUCAUAUUAUACAUUACAAUACAACGCAUAUAUCGACAACACAUGAACUUUGUAACCACUAUACAUGCAGCUGUACUGCCAGGAAUAUCAACAUGUAGUAUAUACUGUUGCAUUGGCAUGACAUCACAAUAAUCUCACAUGACAUAACAGGGCUAAACAUAGAUAUUCCUGUCACUUUAUGCGACUUGGAACGGCUUGAAGGUUUUGUAUAUUAGUAGUGCGGACCCGAUGGAACCACAUGGUGUGGAGGCUGUCCACACCACGUGUUUAAAGUUUAAGAGGUUGGAUGCAUGCCUCUUCCAUAGGCAGUCACACUGGCAAAUUGGGCUGAGUUGGCACCGAUACAUCGUAUGACAGAAGUGAGGCUUUGUAGUACAUGUUUGUAAGUGGUAUGCCAAAGCCUCCCUUGCUUGCAGGGGGCCAGGAUAGGCGACUUGGGUGUUUUUCCCACAGAUGUUGGCAUUAAAUGUGGCUUGUAACUUGUGUUGUAUUUUGUUAGGCAUCAAUAUAGGAAGUGUACGGAAAAGAUACAGUACAUGGGGAAGGGACAUCAUUUUAAUAGUAUUAAUACGUUCAAACCAGGAUAUCUCCUUAUAUUUACAAUCAUCCAGUUGUGUUUUAAGUUUGUACAGGAGUGGUGGUGGGAUUUUGUUAGGUUAAUGCCUAGGUAGUUUAAGGAGGACUUCCGUCAAUCAAAUGGGUAGGUAUUUUUUAGGUUGUGCAAGGUAGUGUGUGGUACACCUAUCGAGAGUGUUUGAGUUUUGGUUGCGUUAUUUUUGUAGAAGGAGACUCGUCCGUAUCUUUCUAAUAGUGUUAGGAGAUGUGGUAUGGAUUGUACCGGGUGGGUUAGAAACAGUAGGAUGUCAUCUGCAAAUAGCGUGAUUCCCUGCUCACCUAUUGUUGUAAGACCUGUGAUUGCUUUAUGGGCUUUGAUGUGACGUACUAGGGGCUCAAGACAUGAUAAAAAUCAGCGGGGACUGUGGACAACCUUGGCGCGUACCAUUGGUAAUUGCGAAGGGUUUAGAUAGGAACCCAGAGUAAAAAAUCCUUGCUGUGGGGGAGAUAUAUAACGCCAUUAUGCUGUUGAAGAAUGAUUGGGAGAACCCCAUUUUUGUAAAUGUGGAUUGCAUGUAACCCCAAUUCAGGCGAUCCAACGCCUUUUCAGUGUCCAAGGCUAAUACCACCACACCUGUUUGUUUGCUAGAAAGAGCCCAGUCAAUUAUGUUUGGUGUUGUCGCACACCUGUCUGCCAGGUACGAAUCUGGCCUGUUCUACAGAAAAACUAAUUAGGGAAGAAUUUGUUUUAACCUAGACGCCAGUAGCUUAGCAUAAAGCGAUAGGUCUUAAGUUGGCGCACACGGUUGGUUGCUUUCCUGGCUUGGGUAAUGUAACAACAUGGGCAUCGAGCAUUUCAUUUGGCAAUAAGCCUGUUUGUGUAAGCAGCAACAGAAGUUAUUUUGGAACUGGUGGUUUUCUUUGUGAGACUAGUUGACUCUGCUGCUGCAACUAGAGUUUCUACUUUAGUCUUUGAGUCACCAAUUGUAGCAUAAAACAUCAGAGAAACAAUUUACCUCUUUGGUUAGGGGUAUUCUUAUAAACCUCUACGUAUAUAUUAGCUCUUAAUAAGUAACACAUGGGGUGAGAAACAGCACUGGCUGUUUUAUACAGAUGCGCUCUAUCAAAAGGUUAAUAAGGUGUGUAGGUGUUCAUAAGAAUACUCCUUUAUUUCUCAUUCAAGAUUGAAAACUGUGCCUUUUUCUGCAGAACCUGCAAACCUCGUUGGUCUCGAAGUAUUGUUCAACACGUUCAUUGUUUUUUGUAUGAAGAUGUUUUUUUAAAAUGGGUAUCCUGUUCUUUACAUUUUAGUGAAAUCACACCAGAGGGAAGACGGAUUACAAAACUAGAUCAGAUCUUAUUAAAUGGAAACAAUAUAACUAUGGUAAGUUGCAAUUGUUUUCCAUGAAAGUAGUGUGCCUAGCAGAUUUUGACUUAAGUCCUGUGGUGGCAUUAUGAAGAACAAUUUAUACAACAUAAGCACUACACCAAAAUGUAAUGCUUCUGUUGCUUAGUGUCUGGACAUCAUAUGCUGAUUAAUGUCAGACUUUUUAGGAAAGUUAAAUUUCUGUUUCCUACUAUUCAGUACUUACUGAGUUGUAUUUAAAGUAUAAUAGCUGGCCUGGAAAAAUUCACCAAGUCCGCUAUAUUCACAAUAUAUGUUGGCUCGGUUUUUCUGUUCAGAUUAAAAUUUAAGAAAUUUGGAUUUUAGUGAAUAACUCCGCUAGUAAAUUUUGAGUGAAUUAUAUUUUUUCCCUUCUAUUUGCAUAAUUUCCUUUACUUAUAAUACGGAUUUCAGGCUUUUUCAGCAGUCCAUUAAUGUAUUCAAUCUUUUUCUCUCCUUAGUUGGUACCGGGAGGUGAAGGCCCCGAAGUUUAAGCAGCAACGAAAAUGACAGCAGUGUCAUCAACACCAUUUGUUGUCUUUUGAAAGUGAACAUUGUGUAAUGUUUUGUAGGACAGGGAGAUAGAAACUAGUUUGUUUUAUUGUUUUGCAAUUUUUUUUUUUUUUUUUUUACAGUUUUGAUAUGCAAAAAUGCUGCAGUGAAAAUUUGAGUGUACGUCAUAAUUUUCUUAUUAUUGUAGACCUACUUUUUAUUCAUUAAAACAGAAAAUGGAAAGAUGUAUUGUUAAAUAUUAAACAUUUAUUUUCAUGCAUUUAUGGGCUAUUUUUCCAUAAAUCAUAGGAGCCAGGCACCAUUUUAAAGCAUCAAGCUUUAAUCAGCAUGCUCACAGAAACACCUUAUUGGAAAAAAAUUAAAUAUGUGAAUCCUGG